GCCCAAUAGCACACGAUGCUCCGCCGCCUCGCUCCGUCGCUCCGCCGAGCGGCCGCCUCCUCCGCCGUCCAGCGCGGCGGCGGCGGCGCGCGCCUCCCGGACCCUGGCCUCUCGUCUCCCCACGCGCUGCCCCCGCAAUGGCGCCGCUGCGCCUCCGCCGCCGCAUCCUCGCUCCCGCCGCCCCCGCCGACUCCGCCCCAGGGCCCGCCGCGGCACGCGGGCGGGGGAUCCGCCGCGUCCUCUCUGAACCCCGCCGAGGUGGCCAAGUUCGCCGCCAUCGCCGAGACCUGGUGGGAUUCUCAAGGUCCAUUCAAGCCAUUGCAUUUGAUGAAUCCGACACGACUGUCUUUUAUCCGCUCCACACUCUGUAGACAUUUCAGGAGGGAUCCAUAUUCAGCUAAGCCACUCGAAGGUCUUAAAGUUAUUGAUGUUGGAUGUGGAGGUGGCAUUCUCUCAGAGCCUCUUGCUCGGAUGGGAGCUACAGUUACUGGCAUUGAUGCUGUUGAGAAGAAUAUAAAGAUUGCGCACAUUCAUGCUGCAUCUGAUCCAACAACUGCUUCCAUUGAGUAUUGCUGCACAACCGCUGAGGAUUUGGUAAAAGAGAACAAGCAAUUUGAUGCUGUAAUUUCUCUUGAGGUGAUUGAGCACGUUGCUAAUCCUUUGGAGUUCUGCGAAUCUCUAUCAGCUUUGACAGUUCCUAAUGGCGCCACUGUGAUUUCUACAAUCAACCGGUCAAUGAGAGCAUAUGCGGCUGCCAUUGUUGGUGCUGAGUAUAUUCUCAGAUGGCUUCCUAUAGGCACACAUGAGUGGUCGAAACUAGUCACCCCUGAGGAGCUAGUCCUAGCACUGCAAAGAGCCUCAAUCUCCGUCGAAGAAAUGGCAGGCUUUGUCUACAAUCCGUUGACCAGAGAGUGGUCCCUGUCUGAUGAUACAAGUAUAAACUACAUCGCUUACGGCAUCAAGAAGAGCGAAACACCCCCAACAAUGCCACAUCAGUAAGAUUAGCCAGUCAUGUUUGGAGAGGAUUGUCUGUGUAUCACGGUAACAAAUUUUGGAAGCAGAAGUCGUGCCACUUAAGAUCUUAGCAGCGGUUGCAAUCAAGCAAGGCAAAGAAGAGGUUGAACUCCUGGAGUAUUUUUGUUUUCUUUGAGAAGUUGAUGGGAGAGACCAGCUAACAAGUAGGGCUAGUUAGUUUCCACACUUUGUAAUAAAUGUAUGCUGCAUACAAGUUCAUCAAGUUUGGGGUAACUCCCUCUUAUUCACAUUACAUAAACAGAAAUAUACUGCCCCUGGGCAAGCAGGAAAUGGUACCAAGUCAAGUGAAGGGUAAUGUUUUUUGGUUA